GGCCGUCGGGCCCGGCGCGCCGGCUCGGGGGCCGGGGAGGACCAUGCACCGCGCUGUCUCCAACCAGCGCUCGGUCUCCUCCUCCUCGGGUUCCUUCCAGCCGCCGCCGCCGCCGCCGCUGCCGCACGCCGCCGACCGACAGCCCCUCUUCCCGGGGGGCUUCAGCAGCGGCGGCAGCCGGCGGGGCUCGGGGUCGAGCUCGGGCUCGGCGCGGGCCCACCACCCCCGAAGCAGCACCGAAGAGGAGGAGGAGGAAGAGGAGGAGGAGGACAGCAUCAGCAUAAGCAAGCCCCUGGUGCCGCCGCCUGCCGCUCCGCUGCCGGCCGCCGCCUCGCCGCUCCCGAGCAGCAGCAGCAGCAGCAGCGGCAGCGGCAGCAGCGGCGGCGGCGGCGGGAGCCUGGGCCGCAGCAUGACGGCGGCAGAGCUGUACGGGGCGGUGGCGGCCGGCGGCGGGGCGGCGGCCGGCGGGGCGGCGGCGGGGGCACUGCUCGGGCCCGGCGGGGCAGGGGGCGGGCGGCGCUGGGGCUUCCAGGCGCUGUCCCUGGUGCUGCUGCUGGGGCAAGGUGCUCUGCUGGACCUCUACCUGAUCGCCGUAACAGACCUGUACUGGUGCAGCUGGAUCGCCACCGACCUGGUGCUGGCGGCCGGCUGGGGCAUCUUCUUCUGCCGCAACAGCCGGGCGCGCCGCCGGGAGCGGCCCCCGCCGCCCCCCGGGCCGCCGCCGCCGCACCCGCUGCUGCUGCACGGCCCCCCUGGCGGCCGCGGGGCCGGGGGCCGCGGGGCCGGGGCCCCCCCUCGCGGCGGCGACUUCGCCUACGCGCACCUCGCCUGGCUCAUCUACUCCAUCGCCUUCACGCCCAAAGCGGCGCUGAUCCUGGGCACCUCCAUCCUGGAGCUGAUCGAGCUGCGCCUGCCGCUGGGCACCACCGGAUUUCGCAUCACGCUGGCGCUCUCCGCCCCGCUGCUGUACUGCCUGCUAAGGGCCAUCGGCACCGAGGGCACGGGACAGCUGCUCCUGCCGCCGCAGCCGCCGCCGCAGCACCGCGCCGCCGCCGCCUUCCUCGCCACCUGCCUCGACCUGCUCGACAGCUUUUCCCUGCUGGAGCUGGUGCUGCAGCCCGGGCGGCCGGCGCCGCUGCCCGCCCCGCUGCGCUACCUACUCAUCGCCGUUUACUUCCUCUGCCUGGCCUCGCCGGUGCUGUGGCUCUACGAGCUCAGCGCCGCCCGACCCCCCGGCGCUGCCCGCCUGGCCCUCCACCUCUUGCUGCCCGCCGGGCUGCUAGACGCGCCGCUCCUGGCGCUCCGCUGCCUGCUGCUCCUGCGCUACCAGCAGCCGCUCUCCCUCUUCAUGCUGAAGAACCUCUUCUUCCUGACCUGCCGCGGCCUGGAGGCUCUGGAGACCUGCUGCCUCCUCCGCCCCGUCGCCUCCCCGCCGCCUGCCAAAUACGGCCCCUCCGCCGCCGCCCCCCCCGCCGCCGCCGCCCCGCUGGCCCACGGUCUCUCCGACGCCGACGUGGGCCCCCACGGGUACGUGAACGCCUUGGCGGUAACCGCCCAGGGCUGAGCCAGUUGUCCGCGGCCGCCUUUCCCGGAGGGGCUCUCGCCGCCUCCAGCUCCGCUCCCGGCAGAGUUUCUCUGCAUUUCUGCUCAGGUUCCCGCUGCCGC